AAAAAAAAAAAAAAAAAAACGCUUCCUUUCCUACUGGUUGUUAAGCAAAAAUAGAGAACGAUUUCUUACGUAGUAGCAGUCUACUGCUCCCCUUCACCUCCUCAGCUCAACCCCGGCUGAGGCACGACUUGAAAUUCCUGGAGUUGCUGAGCAGCACCGGCCAUUUUCCUCAUUAUGGAGCCAAGUGCUCGUUUAUCUGCCUCCUUUCUUUUAUUUUUAUCGUACAGGGAGCUGAGUGUCUUCAGCCUCCCUUCAGCUUGUUAUAAAAAGUGAAAACGUCUUCCUCUGAGUCUUCAGAGGAAUUGGCACCAGACAGUUGUUUCCAAAACACACGACGUUUAAAAUGAUAGACUGAACAUUGCUUUGUAAAUGCUGCUGAACCACAUUUAUUCAUUUAGCAGAUGCUUUUCUCCAAAGCGACGUACAUCUCAGCAAAAAUACAAUUUGUGCAUUACAUUAUUACGAGAAAGAGACAUGGCUGCAGGCAUGUGAUUCUUAAGUACAUUUACCCAUGUCAGUGUGUACAUAGAUAUUUAUUGUGGUGCCAUUUGAACGCGGAAACAGGCUUCCCCCGAAGUGAUGCAGUGUCUGCCAUGGAAAGCCUGAUGAGCGCCGUGGCCUCUCGGCCUCCGGUCCCGGUGAAGCGAGCGGCCGAGGUGGACUUCCGUUCCGGUGCGGUUCUGGAGCAGCUGUCGGCACAAGUGCUGGAGCUGGUCCAGCUGGAGCAGGCGGAGUUCGGUGACCAGACGGCCCUGGAGGUACACACUGCCAAAGACUUCAUCUUCAACAUGCUGGGUCUGGUACAGAAGGUUGACCAGAGGUUGCCUGUGGCAAAUGAGUACCUGCUACUUUCGGGUGGGGCCAGAGAAGGAGUUCUAGACCUGAAUCCAGAGAACCUGGGUGACUAUGCCAAGGGAGCAGACUUUGACCUGGACUUCACUCUGUUGGUGCCUGCUCUGAAGCUACAUGAUCGCAAUCAGCCUGUUACCCUGGACAUGCGCCAGUCAAGCCCCUGCCACUCCUGGCUGAGCUUGCGUCUUUGUGACCCUGUCACUUUGGCACGCUGGCGCAUCUGCUGCCAGGAGGAGCUGGAGUCGGAGCCAGGAGAGAUGGGUGCAGAGUGUGGAGCUCAGGGUGAGGGCUGCCGUGCUGCUAUCCCAUCCCUGCAGUCACCACAGUCCUUGGAUGGCUGCUACUUCUCUCCCACACUGGUGACUGACUGGUUCUGGAAUGUGGUUGGGACAGCUGUGGAGGAGCUGCGUAAGAACCCCCAACGGGGAACCCCUGUCCCGGAGAGGGUGGAGCGUAAUGGGCCUCUCACCACACUGGUCCUUACAGCAGGCACUAGCAGGGUCCUAUAUGACUUACUUCCUGUGGUGUCUUUCCGAGGCUGGCCAGCUGUGGCUCAGGGCUGGCUGACGGCCAACCACUUCUGGGACGGCAAAAUAACUGAGGAGGAGGCCAUCAGUGGUUUCUAUUUGCUACCCUGCUGUGCGCCCCUGAGCGGCAGACCGGAUCGGGAAUGGAGGCUUGCUUUCUCCCGCAGUGAGGUUCAACUCAAAAAGUGCAUUCCUGUCCCCAUGGCCCAAGCUUUCCAGGCUGCUAAGGCACUCAUCUCCAGGCUACUUUCCCGGCCUCGUGCUGGGCUCAGUUCAUACCACCUACGUACCCUCAUGUUUUGGGCAUGUGACCGUCUGCCUCCUGCCUACUUGAGCUCUCAGGAUCCUGAAAUACCAGCUCGCCUCCUCCUCGGCCUCCUAGAUGACUUGGCACACUGCAUUUUAGGGAAGAACUGUCCAAACUACUUCCUUCCACAGUGCAAUAUGCUUGAGCAUCUGUCUGACAGUGCUGCCUUAUUGGUGGCACGAAAGCUUGCCCAUCUACGGUCUGACCCUGCCGAGCACCUCCGUGCAGCCCUUGACCAGGCACGCCAGGUGGCCCAGCUCAAGAAGGAGGCAUCCAGCAGCAAUGGCCACCUCCCUUCCCCUGGGCAUAGCCAGGGUGUUGGUCACACACCCCAGGAUGACCGCCUGGCGCAGCGUCUCCAACAGCUGGUAACAGAGAACCCCGGCAAGUCCAUUUCAGUUUUUCUCAACCCUGAUGAUGUCACACGGCCACACUUCCGCAUUGACGACAAGUUCUACUGACACACUGCCAAGCUUUGAUGCUUCUGCAUCGAAGGUACAUUUCAUUGGGUUGCCUCCAGACUGACGCUGCAGAGCUUUAGCAUUUUGAGCUCCUGAAAAUUGAGACUCCAAGACAGAACAAGGCAAUGUGAGCAUGAUUACACACUAUAUAACACUACUAUUUUGUGGUACUGUCAAUUAGUAUGGAAUAUGAGAGCACUACUGAAAUGGAUGCUUGUAGGCUGUGAUGUUUCACCUGCUGUCCCAAAGUAGAAUUGUCUGAAGAGAGCUGAAACCAAAAUGAGGUGGUUUGAUGUUUUUGACAUGGUUGUACCAACUGACUGGAAAUUAUUAUUCUCCAGUGGUACCCUCUGGAGCUGCUUGGUACUGAACCCCAGUAUUACCAGGUCCUUUCUUAUAGACAUUGAGUAAAGCUCUAAGGUCAGGGAGAAGUUUUGUGUUGAAAAUGGUGGUGUGUAAUUGAACCUAAUGAGUUCCUUUCAUGAAUGUCAUUAGAAUGUCAGCUUGUCUCACUACUCUACAGACUUUCUUCAGUUCCAAGCCCACGUAUUGAAAAUGCAGGCCCCCUUAUUCAUUGUAGCAGUUGAUAUUUCAAGUACUGCUGCACCAAAGACAUAACCACAGUGCCCACAUCAUAGCAUUGUGCUGUGUAGCGCACCACAGGGUGCUGUUUCCCCCAGGCCUUCGGUGAAGGACUGUACCUUGUGCCAUGCUGCAGCAGCCGCAACCCCACAUGGCACUUGGUGAGUGCUCUGUCUGCGUUCUUGUGGAUGCAGCUGGUGCUGCGCAUACCAUUGCUGUGUAGAAAUGAGCUGCAAUGUCCUGGAUCUACCCAUUGUGGUGCUGGGUUGGAACCCCCUUGAUGUUGCUGCUCAGCCUCAUGUUCUAUAGCUACACUGGCUUGGUGCAUGAUUGUAUAGGGUGCUCCUUUGUCUGUAGAGAGUGUAAUCUGGGCUUCUGUAAGGGCUAAUUUCAGUAUUCUGUUUUUAUUGUGUAUAGGUGGAUAUUUUUUUUUAAAUACAAAAUUAUUAGCUUUAUAACAAGUUUUUGCCUCUUCCUUCAAGAUUUUCCAGCUGGUAAUGCACAUUGUAUCUGGUAUACAAGAUGAUACAUUGUAAUGAAAAUGGAAAAGGUUGAGCUGGAAAGAAACACAAAUAUCCAAAUACUGACUUCUUAAAUAUCCCCUUUAGCAGCCCUGUGUCCAUGCUGGUUUAUAGAGUUUUGUCUUGCUUGCUUAUGCUGGUGCCUUGUCCACUUUAACAGUCAGCAGGAUUACAUGGAAAUGAAAUGGUCAGAGUUGGUUAGUCUUGGACCAUUUGUAGGGGUUAAUAAAGGACAGCACCCCUGCAGAUGAUGCACCUGUGGACUCUGUCACUCUCUAUCCUGCAGCCUUUCCUCUUCUCCAACACACCUACAAGGUUGCAAAAUAUACUUAGUACCUAUCAGUGUUCUAUAGAAUCCUUCUAUGAUACAUCUACAUCGUUUUACAGAACAGAAGCGGAAAUUCUUGUUUGUCACCCUUCUGUGAUUUCAGUAUCAUGACUUGGAAAAUGGUCAUAUCUAAAUCAGCUAACAAAUACAGUAAAUACACUUGAUAUACAGUUUCUUAGUAGGGUUUGUAAGGAUGUGGAAGUUAAGCCUUCACAAUAGUAUCACAGGACCUUCCUUCAGGUUUACCAUGAGAACCUCAACUCGUAGUGAACCAUUGCAGACCACUGAACUAUUUUUUGUGAGCAAUUUACUUAUUGAAGCUUUCUGCUUGGAGUGAUCAAGAUACAGCUUUUUGUUUUUUGUCUGGUGUUGUGCAGAGGGGAUAUCUAAACUAGCUUCUUCCUACUGUAUGAUUCAUGAUAUGUAAAAAGUUAAUGCAGUCAUAUCCAAUUCUUCAAUAUUGUGCUUUAGAAAAUGCAUCAACUUGAAAUCUCAGCCAUGUCUGCUAUAUCCUAUUGCUCUUGAACUUGGUGUAAAUCCUCUUUUCAUAAUUCUCGUAAUAUGAAACAUUUCAAAUAAAAUUGUGCUAAGCCAGCUCAGAACUAAUUUUGUUUAGCUUCUGUUUCUUCGUGGUAUAGUUCCAGUCCUGCAGCAAAAUUCUAAGAAUAUCAAGUGUUUGAUUCAUAAUGGCAAUGACACAAAAUAAAUCAGUGUGUUUUAUUUACAGGAAAUCAUUAAGUAGAAUGUACAAUGAGAAAUGAAUGUAACCAAUUUACCUCUAAUAGCAACUGUGUAAAAAUAAAUCCCUCAAAUUUGUUGCAAUAUCUGAAAUGACAUCUCAUGGCAUAUUUGCAAUUUUUAAAUUUAGUUCUCCCUUCAUUAGUAAAUGACUUGUGUGUUUCUAUGAAGUGCAAAUGAUGGCACUCUUGUUGUUUUGCUUUAUUUAUUUUCCAGAUGGCAUUGAAUGCUUAUGACUGAUACUGCUGUAGCACGAAAUAAAC